AUGGAAGCAGCAAGAGCAGCCGUUCAGAAACUUACCGGCAAUCGGGGCCACCAUACCACGGUUGAAGAAACCGUUGUCCCAGCCGUCACCCAUGAAGCCGUCAAGCCUCACAUCCACGAGGAAGCCACCCAAGCCGUCGACCGUGAAGUGCAUCAGCACCACUACCACACCACAGUGCAACCUCUUACUCACCAAGAGAGGCUUCCAGAGAAACACACUCAUAACAUCCUCCCGGCUGAACACCGCGAGUUUCACCAUGAUGACGAAUCAAGGACCAAGGAGAGGCUCGCCGCUGAGAUGGCCAACUUCAAGAGCCACUCCACAACCCACGAGACCGUCCACACCCAAGCUGCGGCCCCCACCGUGACUGGCGAGCACGUUCACCACCACGUCCACGAGACCGUCGUUCCAGUCAUCCACAAGGAAACCAUCCAGCCCGAGGUCGUCCACACCACCAUUCCUGUACACGAGACACAUCACGCCGCUGCUCAGCAUCACGGAUUGUCUGCCUUGCCCAUGAAGACCCUUGAUGAGUUCAAGGCAGCAGGCGGUGCGUUGGUGGGUGGUCAACACUCAAGCCACGAGGAGUAUGAGGGUGCACCCCGCCCAUACAAUGACAAGCUUUCCACGACCUUUGAGAAACUUGAAGAGAAGUUCCACGGCGGCCAUCACACCACCGGGACCACAACCGGUACCACUGGUCUCGGUGGUAUCGGCGAUCACAACAAGACACACCGUCCUACCGACUCUGGUGUUGGUGGUGUUGGCCAUGAUCUCACCUCAGGUGGCAUUGGCAGGGAUAAUCAUCAUCACGAAACUGGCACCGGAGUUGGUGACAGGCACCUUGGAGCCAGAGGCGCCGGCCCUAUGGGCACGACCGAAGGAGCAAAGCCCAGCUUGGCUGAUCGGAUGAACCCUCGUGUCGAUGCUGAUGGUGAUGGAAAGCGCGGCUUCAUGGACUGA